ACCCCUGCUUCCACCUCCCCACUCUAGGAGCUGACUAUGGAGGCGUUGGCCAUCUUUUUAGUUAUCUCCGGUUAUUUUCCAUUUUUAGUAUAAAUGUAGCAGAACUGUGUUAGUCCAUGUGUUCUAUUUUUAAGACUUUCGAUGAGGACUUAGCUCGUUUGCUUCGUUCCGGGAGGCACAGCAGCUUAUGCGACAAAUAGCCAAUCGUACACGACUAUACUCAGCUCUCGCUGGUUUUGACCAAUCAGAGCGCAGCACAGGAGUUGGUUACCACUUCAACUUCCUAGCGGGAAGCAGAAGAACCCGGAACUGCGUGGAGGAACGCCGAAUGAAUGAUAUACGCACAAAAAGAGGAUGAGACUCUCCCGAGCAGAAUACAAGGAGAUUGUCCGAUGGACAGAACAGCUGAAACCAACACGCCAAUGUAUGAAGAUGCUAAGAGAAAGAUUUUCCAAUCACUCGCAGUCCACUCUUCUGAGCAUCUUCUCCCUGGAGUACCAGAAACGAAUCAAAAGGACAAUCUCAAGGCACCAUGCACCUGAUGUCAUCGAAAGCCACUACCAAAGGUACCUGAGCAAGGCCAAAGCACAUCCCACCGCUCCCGUCUUACUGGAUUUGGCCAAUGAGGUGGAUUUUUCUCCUGCACUGAUGGCUCGCAUCAUCCUGGACAGGUUCCUUCAAGACCUGGAGGGUGAAAUGCCCUCAAAAACAGUCCUCAACAACAUGCUGAAGGAGCCGUCGCUAAUCCCGGAUCAAACUUUGGCCAAGAAUGUCUACCAAUGCACCGUUAAUGACUGCUGUUAUGGACCACUGGUAGACUGCAUCAAACACGCUAUUGGCCAAGAGCACGAAGUCCUGCUGUGUGACAAACUGAAGGAGAAGAAUCUGUCCUUUCUAGAUGAAAACCAACUGAGAGCUAGAGGCUACGACAAAACGCCAGAUAUCAUCCUGGAGGUACCAAUUGCUGUGGAGGGACACAUCAUCCACUGGAUUGAGAGCAAGGCCUCGUUCGGAGACACCCACAGUCACCGCACCUAUCUCAACGAACAGUUCUGGAGCUACUGGAACAGAUUCGGACCUGGGCUUGUCAUCUACUGGUACGGGUUUAUAGGAGAGCUGGACUGCCAAAGAGACAGAGGCAUCCUUCUCAAAGACUGCUUCCCUACAGACAUUGUCACCCUUGGCCACGCCGCCCAGCAGGAUUGAAAUCGAACGGAGAAGGUGGGUGUAGACAUCGGCAGGAAUGAGAGUGCAGGAUGACGAGGCAGGAAGGGAAGGGGCAGUAACACCGGACUGCCGGAAUCCGGAAGUAAUUUAGCUUUCCUGCAUGGAGACGACUUGCCGGCCUGAACUCCGACUGACCCGAGUCUUUGCUACCUUUGCUCAACUCUACAAAACGCCAUCUUGGAGGGUUUCUUGGUUCUCCCGGCCCCCGGUUGGCCCCUCUUGGCAAGGGUAAACUGAAGGACCAGAGCUGGACGCAAGGCCCUUCCUUAUCACACCCAGAGUCCUGGCCUUUGUCACUCCUUCCUCUUCCGUUCCGUAAGCAGAUAAGCGAGGUGCGGUCCGUGGGGGUGGCUGGGAGGACGCCUGGCUUUUUCUCACCUGCGUCACUCAGUGCCCUCUCAGUCACUCUCCAAAGGGCUAAACAACAAAUGGUGGCUGAUUAAGACUAUGGCCUCACUGUGAACUCUCUCCUCCCUCGCCAUCCACUCUGUCGGAGAAAAUAUGUUAAUUCUCUAAUUAAGAUUAAUUGGCGGGACUUUAUUUGGCUGUGAUCUUCCACAUCAUCAUUUAGAAUGUAUAUUAAAAUGUCAUUAUUUGCUGA